GGAGGCUGCGGCCGGCUCCCCCCGCCGCUCCCCUCCUCAGAGGCCGCCGGGUGCUCUGUGACUAACCUGAGGCCGCCUUCCCCGACGCAGCCGUACCGUCUCCCGCACGGCGGCGCCUCGCCCCCUGCUCGUGGAGCCUCGCCGUGUUCCCGGCCGCAACCGGGGGAAGCACCGCGCUGCCGCCCCCCGCCGAGCCGAAGAAGCGGUACCGCCGGCGGGCUGAGGGCUCACGACACUGGAAGCUCAGCUCUCUUCAGCUGCAGGCCCUCCAUCCUCGUUCCUAGCUGGUGGUACUGCUGCCUUCGGGGUGAGGGGACUUUCUUCAGACGUGUUCCAGACAGAGCCAUGCUGUAGAUGACUUCGUUCUGACGAUUCAUAACUCACUGAAUAAUAGAACUGCAGUUUCUGCAAUGGAGAAGAGGGAAGGUGACAGUCAUACCGUUGACCAGAAUGCAUUUCAGAACAUCAUACCAAGAAGAAAUAGAGAAAACCUUAGUGACUUGAAUGUGGAUAUGCAAGUCACCAAUCCACCAGAAGUAACUGCACUUUUUAACUUACAUCAAGCACAUCAUUUUAGUGAGUUUGAAUACUCUUCAGAGCAACACUACAAGCAGGAUUUGUUCCCCAGGUGGCACUUGCCACUGAAGAUAGCAUCUGUGAUCUCAUUACUGACAUUUAUUUACACUUUUCUGAGAGAUGUCAUAUAUCCUUUUAUAACAAAAAAUGAAAAUGUUUUCUAUAAAAUUCCAAUCCUUGUCAUAAACAAAGUCUUACCAGUGGUUUCAAUUACCCUUUUAGCACUGGUAUAUUUACCAGGAAUAUUAGCUGCUGGUUUCCAGCUGUACUUUGGCACUAAGUACAAAAGAUUUCCCUUGUGGCUGGAUAGAUGGAUGUUGUCAAGAAAACAAUUUGGACUUCUCAGUUUCUUCUUCGCUGUGAUGCAUGCCUGCUAUAGCCUAUGCUAUCCGAUGAGAAGAUCAUACAGAUACAAGUUGCUGAACUGGGCAUUCCAGCAGGUCAAACAAAAAAAAGAAAGUGCCUGGAUUGAACAUGAUGUUUGGAGGAUGGAGAUUUAUGUGUCCCUAGGAAUUCUGGGACUUGCUUUGCUGGCCAUACUGGCAAUAGCAUCAAUCCCAUCUGUCAGUCACUCUUUGACCUGGAGAGAGUUCCAUUAUAUUCAGAGCAAGAUGGGAUACAUAGCUCUGCUGCUGUGCACAGUUCAUGCACUGGUGUUUGCUUGGAAUAAGUGGGUUGAUGUUAACCAAUUUAUCUGGUACACACCACCUUCAUUUAUGGUAGCAGUUUUUCUUCCUAUUGUGGUCCUGCUCUGUAAAUGCAUACUGUUCUUUCCAUGUUUCAGGAGGAGGAUAAAAAAGAUUAGAUGUGGUUGGGAAGCUAAUACACAGACCAAUCAAACCAACCUGAUUUCCAGACUAUAGAUCAAAUAUGGACAUUCCCUAUCUGAUGCAUGUAAAUGUGCUCAAGUCAACAAAAUGUUUACUUGCGAGCUUUGUUGUCAUCUAUUUCUUAGAUGUUUCAUGUUUACUUUUCAUUUCAGCCGCCGGGGUAUGGAAUACCUGAUGCAAUUUAAACUUCUGUUGUGAAUGAAAUUGGAAAGAUUAAUUUCACACUUUAAUCUAUUUGGUAUUCUGGUAUUUGAUCAUUUCUUUCUUCUGACUCACUGCUCUUAAAAUGCCAGUGCUUCAUUGCUUUAAUCGUAAUUCUUUCACUAGAAAAUGCAAUCAUAAAUCACUGCUCCAGAUGACCACAGAAAGUAAAUAAAUCAUUACACCACAAAAUCCAGGAAUGCUUUCUGUAUCUCACAGCCAUGUUUGUUCCCUGGUUAAAUCUCAGUGUUAUGAAGGGGGGACAACUUGAGUAUUUAUUGUCCUGUUUCCCGUUAUAUCCUGCAUCUUACAUUUAACUGCAGAAAGGGAUCCUUUAGCACUAGAGCCAAAUGAAAAUCUGCAUUCCCACCAUGUCUUGAAUUUAAACAAUCAAGUAAGCAGAAGUCUGGGGAACUUUACAAGGGAAAUCUUUCCUGAGGCUUAGGCACAGUCUGAAAAAAAAGAGUUUUUAGGUUCAGAUCUACAUCUUAUACAGGACUAGGUGUGUCUGUUUCUUUAGAACUAUAAAGUUUCCAUUUUUUUUCCAUGAACAUAUUCUUUUGUUUCUGAUGCUGGUAAUUUUCCAUGCUUUUGACCUAAGCCUGCAGUCUUUGACACGUGCUAAUCUUUAUUAGCACAGAUUUUUCCAGCGGGGAUAGCUCACACAUCAAGUAAAUACGUUUUACCAUUUUACUAUAGGGCCAGCACAAUUAUGGGACUGGAAGAAAAUUAUUAAAAACUGGCGCUUGAACCUUGGCAAUGAUUUGGUGAUAUUUUUGUGUGAAACUACUGCUGAAUGCAUUUGCUUUUACUUAAAUUUUAGUGUAAGUUGAUGAAACUUCACUUUCUUUGCUUUACGUAGAUCUGCCUGAAUGCCUUAACUGAAUAAUUCAUUUGUUAACUUCUAUUUUAAAUACUUUAUGCAGCAGUUAAUAUUUUCACACAGCAUCAGAAACAUUGUUGCAGUUUCCCUGCAUGAGCUGACUGGGACAUGGAUUGAUGAUGCCACCUAUUGCUGGAAUCAUCCAAAUGAGAAUUGCAGUGGUUCUGGUAUUAAACAAAAUGUAUGUGUAAGAGAAUAUGUAAUACAUGGUGCUAAUGAUUCUGUUUUACAUUUGUGGACAUGGUUCACUGAGUGUAAAUAUCAAAUUAAAUAACUAUUCCUACAUUUUGUAUUUUCCUGGUUUUAACUCCAUUCAGUUACUGCAGCUUAGAAGUUGUGCUUGUGUUUUGCACUCAGUGUUGUACUUUGAAAAUAAUGGGAACAUGGUGGCCUGUGUAAUAUAGUCUGAAAAGACUUGAGUGGCAUUGUGUGUCGGUAAUGCAUGACAGAGAUGGGCACUAAAACACAGAAAGCCUGCCUGUGAACUUCAGAAAUUUCUAAAGGGAAAUGAUUGUUGUCAAUAGAUCAGCAUUUACAUUUCUUUAAAGGAAAUAAAAUUAAUUAGAAGUCAUGUUAGAGAGAAAAAAUAUCAAAGGCUUACUUGAAAUAUUAAUUGCACUUGUUGUCAGGAGUCAUACAGUUUUGCUUUAUUUUUUCACUGAAACAGAUUAAGACCAGUGCAACAACAAAGUAAUUAAAUUCUCUUCUACCAGCUACUCUUCGUCUAGCUAAUCAGAAGUUGUGUUUGAAUUUACUACUUAGGACUAAGCUGAGAUUUUAAGUACUGCAAAGCAACCCCAGCCUUUAACAGAUUAAUGUUUGUUUUCAUCAAAAUGGGUCUCUCCAGAGGCAGCUCUGCUGUUCCCCUACUAAGAAAGUCUGGAGAAUUUAGUGCAGUCUCCAAUUUUGCUAAAUUCUGGUCAAAUCGUUGGCUUUGUUGUUUACAGCUGAUCAUAGAAGUCAACCCUUUGAAACAGGAAUGAAAACUGAAGAGAGAUUAAUGAAAACACUCCUUGCAAGAGGCCAUUCAAAGCUAUUUUUAUGACAUGUGCAAAACAAAAUCUCAAAUAUGAGCCAGGUUUUCUGUACAAUAGAUUGCCUUUUUAUUUAGAAAGUAAUGUUCCAGCUUUUAAAGCAUGCAAAUACAACAAGCAUGGGGAAGAUCAUGUAAGGAGUAAAAAGGGCUACAGAAGAAAAUGCUAUCGACAACAUUUUAUUUCUCCCUUCGUAACAGAUAUAAUUUAGUUCAACAUUAAUUAAAAUAAAUGUGUAUGUGCCUUUUAGUUCAUGUAGCUCAUUCAAAAUUCAGUGUAUUAAUAUGCCUAUGUACUACUAUAAAAUAUAGAAAUGAUGUUUAUGCCAAUUUGAGGCACUUACUUGUAUAAUAAUUAUUUUUAUAAAAUCAUGCAUCAUUAAAUGUUUCAAUGUAUAGAUUGUGUCUGCCACUGUGCAAUGUACAUCCAGACCUGUAUAAGGACAAAAAAGGUAUUUUAAAACUAGAAGAGCUGCUGAUGGGAACAAUAAAAUGUCUUCAUUCAAGGGAGAUCAUUCUCCCCAUGGUGACUGAAGAGUCUGGAGUUUCCAAAGGAGAGAAGGUAACUAUAUGAAAAACCUAAUGGAUACUUUGAUAGGGGAAUGUAAUGAAAAUAAAUUCUGACAGAUCUUUUAACUGACAGUCCAUAUAUUCUAGCAUUUGUAUAAGAAUUUGUGAGAAGGAACAGAAAGCUCAGCUAGUUGUGGAGUGUUUUAAAGGAAGACCUAUAAUCCCUGAAAACAUUGAUUAAAUACCAGGGAAGAUCAAGAAUAAUGAAGACAUUCAGGAGGAAAAAGUAAUACAGAUGUAUUUGGUAGGAAUCCAUCACUCUAGUCUAAGUGGUUUUGCAAUGCCUCUAAAAAAGCUGCAAAUUCCCUGAGUUGUUACAUAUCACAGAUAUAAUUAAAUCAGACAUAUAGAACCGAAACUCACUGGAGAAAGAACUUUUAAAUUGUUAAAGGGACUUGAGGAAUUUUGUGCCAAGAUUACAUGGGAUAACCAGAUCCCAUAAUACUACUCUGAAAAUGUGCCCAGGAAGCCAGAACAAGGGCUGUGCUGGCUCUGGUUUAAUGUCAAUUCCUGUUGACAGCAGUCUUUACUGUAACCUGCCCCUCCCUUUGGCCACUCUUCUCGGUUCUCUCAGUUCUGCUAACAGAAGAGUUUAAAGUCAUGAAGUUAAUCAGACCAGGGAGUUUGAUUCUAUUAAAAGUAAUGCAUGGAAAAGAAUGAUGCAUCCAGAUCCAUGCACUGGUUUAAUUAACUUCACAGCCAUGCAUACAUCCAGCAUGAAGGACAGGAAGAGCU